CGCUUUGAUCGAAGCCGAUCUCCUCCGAUUCUCCUCUCUCCAACAGCAAGCCAGACAGGUCUGCGCUGGAACAAGUAUCUCGCCCGCCCCAGCGGCUGGACCUGCCUUCCCUCCUGAUGACUAGCAAAAGCAAGUCUGCUCUCUCCCCCCGCCAGCUCCCUUCCUCCACUCCCACUUAGGUUAGAAACCUCGGUGUGUGUGUGUGUGUGUUGCGCUUCUUGGCAUAACCCGCUCCCCUUCCCCAACCCCUCUCCAAGUUGGAUUUUUCUUCCGCAUCACAUCCAGAUCGCUGCUGAAGCCUCAGCUCCUCAGAGCCGUGGGGGGAAAGGCAGCCUGCGAGAAGGAGAGAGAGGGAGUUCUCUCUUUUAGGUCGGCUUUGUCUCGCUCAACUCCCUUCUCGGGGACGUCAUGCCUGGGCCACGGCGCUGCUGAAAAGCAAAGACCACCCAUCCCCAAAGACCUGCGUUCCAGGAAAGAAGACGUGUUCCCCAAGAGCCUGUCUGCUCCCACCUUGCUGCAUCCAGCAUGGACCCCCUCCUGCACAUCCAAGCGGAGGAUGUCUACUAUAUGAGGAAGCUGGUCAACGACUCGUCCCUCUGGAACCUCAGCUUGGGCGAGUGGUUCCACAAUGGGACAGCAGAUGGCUUCCUGCCCAUGGGCAUCAAGGUCACAAUUGUCAUCGUCUACUCCAUCGUCUGCAUCGUGGGGCUGGUGGGGAACUGCUCCGUCAUGUAUGUGAUCAUCAGGUUCACCAAGAUGAAGACGGCGACCAACAUCUACAUCUUUAACCUGGCCCUGGCUGAUACCUUGUGCCUGAUAACUUUACCUUUCCAAGGCACCGAUACCUUCCUAGGUUCCUGGCCGUUUGGAAACGCUCUCUGCAAGAUUGCCAUCUCCAUCGACUACUACAACAUGUUCACCAGUACCUUCACGCUGACGAUGAUGAGCGUGGACCGAUAUAUUGCCAUCUGCCACCCCAUCAAGGCCCUGGAUAUCCGCACACCCCACAAGGCGAAAGUCGUCAACGUCUGCAUUUGGGCUUUGGCCUCUGUCUUUGGUAUUCCUGUGAUGGUGAUGGGAUCGACUGAGAAUGAAAAUGACGAGAUCGACUGCCUGAUCAGACUCCCCGAACCUGUGAAUUAUUGGGAUCCAAUAUUUGGGAUCUGCAUAUUCCUCUUCUCCUUUAUGAUCCCCGUCAUGGUGAUCACCAUUUGCUACAGCCUCAUGAUCAGGCGCCUGAAGAACGUCCGCGUUCUCUCCGGAUCAAAGGAGAAGGACAGGAACCUCCGCCGCAUCGCUCGUCUGGUCCUGGUGGUGGUGGCCGUUUUCAUCAUCUGCUGGACCCCCGUCCACAUCUUCGUCCUGGUCCGGUGCCUUGGGGCCAAGGCUGACAACGAGUUCAAGCUGGCCAUCUUGUACUUUUGCACCGCCCUGGGCUACACCAACAGCUGCCUGAACCCAGUGCUCUACGCUUUCUUGGACGAGAACUUUAAGACCUGCUUCAAGAAGUUCUGCUUCCCGUCUGCCUUCAGGAAGGAGUUGCAGAUGUCCAACCGCAUGUGCAGUAUUGCCAAGGAUGUGGCUUAUGCCUGCAAGAACUCAGAUGGAACUAACAACCCCGCAUGACUAGGCGUGGAAAUCCCCAUGGUA